AUGGAAGAAAAAAUAAAUCCUUUAGACGGAAAAGGAGAUUGGAAAAGUUUGGAGAAUAAAAAAGUUUUCUCCGAAUUUUGGAAAGGAAUAAAAAUAACUAAUAUAUUAGUUUAUGAAAAAGUUUUUGUUUUAAUUUACGAGAAUUUAAUAUCUAAUGAGAAUAAUGUAAAUUAUUUUCUCGAAGGAACUAUGAAAGGGUUGGAUAAUGAAAUGAAUGUAACUGAUGAGGAAUAUAAAACAGAGGUUUUCCAAUUAUAUUUUAUAAUAAGUAUAUGUAUAGUAAACCCCGACUAA